AACGUGGACAAAUUUUGUUGACCUUCUAACCCUGCCAAACCUGGCUUUUGGCACCCAUAUAAAAGCUAUUUCCAGGUAAACAUUAGCCAUGCAAAAAACAGACGGAAACAGAAAACAAAACAAAAAUAAAACCAACAUCGAUCAUGGACGAGGACAAAAUAAAGAGCAAGGAUGAAGGAGGAGAGGUCAAGUACAGAGGUGUCAGGAAGAGGCCAUGGGGAAAAUUCGCUGCAGAGAUACGUGAUUCAGCCAGGCAAGGGGCGAGGGUGUGGCUGGGGACUUUUAACACGGCGGAGGAGGCAGCAAGAGCCUAUGACAGAGCUGCUUAUGCAAUGAGAGGGCACUUGGCCGUUCUCAAUUUUCCUAACGAGUACCCAAAUAUGGCCGGUAAUGCUAGCGUUGGUUCCAGUAGCUCUACUCCCUUUUCCUCUUCAGGCUAUCCAGGUUCUUCUUCCUCUUUAUCAUCAACGCAACAAGAAGUUUUUGAGUUCGAAUGCUUGGAUGAUAAGUUGCUUGAGGAGCUGCUAGAGCAAGAAGAGAAAAGGAGUAAGAAAACGUAAAACUGUGCAGCUGACAUGUACCAACUAUCAUGGCAUAAGGAGUAAGUAUAUCAGUGGGGGAUCCUUAUAGCACCCCAUUGCUCUGUUUCUGAAUGGAAUUAGAAACCAAAAAAAUAAAGAAAUUGUUUGUGAAGUAAUGGUCAAUAGUAGGGUUUUUUAUAUAUA